AUGGCCGCAGUCCAGGCGGGGGGCGCAGGAGCCGGGGGCGCCCCGUGCGUGCCAGCCGCCCCCCGCCCCGCAGUGUCCUUCGUCCUGUCGAGGAUGGCGGCGUGCGGCGGCGCCGCCAAGAACAAGCUGACGGUGCCCAAGCGCCUGUGGGACUUCGUGAGCAAGGAGAGCCCGGGCAAGCUGGCGCGCCUCAAGGAGGACACGCGGGUGAGCAUCCUGGUGGACGGCGAGACCUCCGAGGUGUACGUGCUGCAGCUGAGCGCGCCCGCCGGCGCCAACGCCAGCGGCCUCUGCGCCGCCCGCAAGGCGCUCAAGGCGCUGCUCAAGGAGGCCGAGAAGGAGCUGAAGAAGGCGCGGCGGCACGGCGAGCCGCUGGCGUGCGUGGCGCUGCUGCCCGGC